GGGUAGCUGGGGAUUUUAGUGGCUUUUAUUCUUCGAAGCACGCAGACUGUUGGAAUUAGAGUGCCAUGGAUUACCAUGAAAAAAAUGGAUGAUCGCGAGUCUAACACAAGACAAACUAAAAUUAACAGUUGAGUAAUAAACAAUUUCGUUUCUUAGCAAUUGUAAAAUCACGAGUCUCAGUUAUAGAGACAGAUUUUGUAUCCUGAAGAGCGUUAUAGAACAUCUACCUCACCAAAAGUUUUGAAAACAGCUCGCCGCGAUCGCUUGAAAUGGAAGAGUAAAGCAAGAUGACGAGCUCAAUGGCCUUGAUGAUGCUCGUUAUACUUCUUGUCGCUGGAAGAGUUUGUUACAAUGACACGACUGGCUCUCUUGCUCAGCCUGACUGCGAGAUACCCAAGUGCUUGAUAAGUUACCUUCAGACCCAGGCUGCAUCGUUACAGAGUCUCAAACGCGACCUUGAAAGCACUAAAAAGCAGUUGCAACAAGCUACAAGUGGUCAAUGGCCUCCUGGGCAUUACUGUAUUCUGGCUAGUGGAGUUUGUCCAGCCGGAUUCACUCGUUCCCAGGGCCAUUUGCGUGCUUUGAGCCAAUUCGCCGCCAGUGCCUCCUACAUCACCCCGGUCAAAUUCGGAGAUAGUAGGAUCCAGUGUCAUGGACGCUGCGGUCAGUAUGGUCAGUGGAUCGGCGACCUAUACAUGGCGGCCUGUUGCAAGUGAUGGACGCAACACGAGAAUCGUUCCAACCAAAAGCACUGCAAUUAAAAACUUUUGAAGUUAGGAAACUAGGGAGCUCAUUUGCCAAGCAAAGUAUUAAAAACAUGGCUAAGUGUGGUAUCAGUGAUAUUAUAAUGAGGGCACAAUAAAACGAUCUUGUUCAAAA